AUGGGGCAGGUCACUACCCGCUCCCUGUGCCAGGUGAACUUCCGUGGCUGGCAGAAGCAGCUGCCCUGGCUCAGCCCCGUGCCUGCAGUCCCACAGCACUGCAGCCCCACGUGGAUCCCCAGGAUGACCUCUGCCCGCAGCCUCUCCUCCAUGGCCCCCACCAUCCAACUCUCGCCCGCCACCCGCAGCCUCUUCAAUGAGCCACUGGCCAUCACAGUGCAGGGACUCAGCCCACGGCAGCAGGUCACGCUACGGACAUCCCUGCGGGACGAGACGGGCGAGCUCUUCCAGGCCUGCGCCCGCUACCAGGCAGGAGACGACGGGAAGCUGGACCUCGCCCGCUGCCCCGCGCUGCCGGGAGGCAGCUUCUCUGGCCUGGAGCCCAUGGGGCUGCUCUGGGCUUUGCAGCCCCAGAAACCCUUCAGGUGUAUGGUGAAGCAGGAUGUGCAGAGCCCCUUUGUCCUGCAGCUGGAGGUGUUUGAGGGCCACGGGGAGCCCCUGGGGCGGCUCCUGGCCCAGGCGCAGCACGAGCGGGCGUUCCUGCGGGACGGGGUGCGGAGAGUCCCGGUGCGAGAGGGGAGGAUCCGGGCAACGCUUUUCCUGCCCCCCGGAGAAGACACCUUCCCAGGAAUCAUCGACAUACACGGCUACGCAGGAGGUCUCUUUGAGCACAGAGCCAGCCUGCUGGCCAAUCAUGGCUUUGCCACACUGGCCCUGGCUUAUUUCAAAUAUGAGGAUCUGCCCCAGGACCCAACUGAACUCCACCUGGAAUAUUUUGAAGAGGCGGUGAACUACAUGCUGCAGCACCCACAGGUGAAGGGACCAGGGGUUGGCCUCCUCGGUUACUCCAAAGGAGCUGAACUGUCUCUCGCCAUGGCCGCCUUCCUGAAAAACAUCACAGCCGUUGUUUCCCUCAAUGGCCCUGUGGCCAAUACAAUUAUUCCUCUCUGUUACAAGGACAAAAUCAUCCCCCCUUUGCCUUUCGAUGAACAAAAGGUCAAGGUCACGGAUUCCGAUGUUAUUGAUUGUUCUGAAGUCCUUGCUGACCCCUUUCAAGCCCCUGGCAACCAAAGCCUGAUCCCACUAGAGAAAGCUGAGGCACAGUUACUGUUGAUUGCGGGACAAGAUGACCGUGUUGUCAAAAGUGAGUAUUAUGCUACCAAAGUCUGCAAGCUUUUGCAGGCUCAAGGGAAGGCAAAUUUUCAGGUUUUGUCUUACCCUGGGACAGGGCACUGCAUCGACCCUCCCUUUUUCCCUUUGUACCCCAUAGCAAAGCAUCCUGUUUUUCACAAGCAGGCUGUCCUGGGUGGGGAGCUCAGGGCUUAUUCUGCAGCUCAGGUUCAUGCUUGGCCACAGAUUCAGGCUUUUUUCAACAAAUAUUUAAAUGACAACUAA